UCCAGUCUUUUUCUAUCCUCUUCAUCAAACACUGUUAUUCCAGACCCACCAAUAGGAUUAUACAUUUUUUAUUUCCUUUACACUUUGUAUUUUCUCCCUAUAUAACUUUCUAAGCAGCACUUCAUAUUUACUAAUGGGUUCUUUCUAAUAAGGUAAUUUAUUUAAUUUAUUGGAGGUGCUUGUUUAUUUUUUGUGUUGUGGGAGAUGCCUGGAGUUGUUAUGGAUGAAAUUCAUGAAGAAGCUGAGGUUAAAGAAUUGAAGGAAAAUGGAAAUUCUACACCUUGUAAAGAGAAUGAGGUUGUUAAUGAGUCCUCCAAGGGGGGUGAGGAACAUGCAGGUAAUGGGGUGGUGGAGCCCUCUAUUGAGGAACUUUAUGAGAAUGUGUGUGAGAUGCAAAGCUCUGAUCAAUCUCCAUCAAGGGCUAGUUAUGGAUCAGAUGGUGAUGAAUCCAGGAUUGACUCGGAGCUUCGCCAUCUCGUAGGAGGAGAAAUGAGGGAAAUUGAGAUUAUUGAGGAGGAUGAAGAGGUGCAGAAGCCAGAGACUGAGGACUCUCGAAGCAAUUCGGGCUCUAAGAAGGAAACUUCUUCUGAUGUGAAGUUGGACAAUUCACCAAAUACCCCUUCUUCAGGGCAACCCAAGACGCCUUCUCGGUUGGAGUUGGAAUUAGAUACUUCAGCAAAAUCAAAUCCAAAGGGUAGGAGACCUUUCAUUGAUAAGAAAAAUGGAAAUAGUACUAAGAAGGCUGUUAGGAGUAGGCCGAAGAAUUCGCCUGCUUCAGGAUCAAAAUUGAAGAAUGGAACUGAGGACUUAUCGGAUUCAGGUUUAGACAACCCAGACCUUGGUCCGUUCCUGCUUAAGCAAGCAAGAGACUUGAUAUCUUCUGGGGAUAGUUCUCAUAAAGCUCUUGAAUUGGCUCAUCGAGCAGCAAAGUCAUUUGAGAAAUGUGCCAAUGGAAAGCCUAGUUUGGAUGUGGUUAUGAGUCUGCAUGUAACUGCAGCAAUAUACUGCAAUUUGGGCCAGUACGAUGAAGCCAUUCCACUGAUAGAACACUCGUUGGGAAUUCCGGUGGUUGAAGAAGGACAAGAACAUGCCCUCGCCAAAUUUGCUGGUUAUAUGCAAUUGGGUGAUACUUAUGCAAUGUUGGGCCAACUUGAGAACUCGAUUGUUUCUUACACCACUGGUCUGGAAAUCCAAAGACAAGUCUUGGGAGAUAAUGACCCCAGAGUUGGUGAGACGUGUCGAUAUCUCGCUGAGGCUCAUGUUCAGGCUUUGCAAUUUGAUGAAGCUGAGAAGCUUUGUGAGAUGGCUCUUAACAUACAUAAAGAGAAUGGAUCACCACCUUCACUAGAGGAAGCAGCAGACAGGAGGCUGAUGGGACUAAUUUGUGAGUCAAAGGGAGACCAUGAGGCUGCCCUCGAGCAUCUUGUUUUGGCCAGUAUGGCCAUGGUAGCCAAUGGGCAGGAAUCCGAGGUGGCAACUGUUGAUUGUAGCAUUGGAGACACAUAUUUGUCUCUGAAUAGGUAUGAUGAAGCGAUAUUCGCUUACCAAAAGGCACUCACAGCUCUCAAGUCUAGCAAAGGAGAAAACCAUCCUGCUGUUGCUUCUGUUUUUGUCCGUUUGGCUGACUUGUAUAACAGGACGGGAAAGCUAAGGGACUCAAAGUCAUACUGUGAGAAUGCCCUCAGAAUAUACGGGAAGCCCGUACCUGGGAUUGCUCCAGAGGAGAUUGCUAGUGGUCUUACUGAUGUUUCUGCUAUUUAUGAGUCAAUGGAUGAGCUUGAUCAGGCACUCAAGUUGCUACAGAAAGCGCUAAAGAUUUACAACAAUGCCCCUGGUCAGCAGAAUACUAUAGCGGGAAUCGAAGCCCAAAUGGGGGUGAUCUAUUAUAUGUUAGGAAAAUAUUCUGAAUCCUAUAACUCCUUUAAAAGCGCCAUUUUAAAACUCAGAGCAAGUGGAGAGAAGAAGUCAGCCUUCUUCGGUGUCGCCCUUAACCAAAUGGGGCUCGCUUGUGUACAACGUUAUGCGAUAAAUGAGGCAGUUGAGUUGUUUGAAGAAGCAAAAGGCAUUUUGGAGCAAGAAUACGGACCCUAUCACCCUGAGACAUUGGGUGUAUACAGCAAUCUUGCUGGUACAUAUGAUGCUGUUGGCAGGUUGGAUGAAGCUAUUGGAAUACUGGAAUAUAUUGUUGGGGUGAGAGAGGAAAAGCUAGGGACAGCAAAUCCAGACGUUGAUGACGAAAAGAAAAGGUUGGCUGAGUUACUGAAGGAGGCUGGUAGGGUUCGGAAUAGAAAAGCCAGAUCACUCGAGAAUCUACUCGAUGCUAAUCACCGUCCUAAUACUAUAAAUAAUGGUGGGAUUAUAGUAUGAUUAUGAACAGUGUACAUGAAAUUAAAUUUUUGAGAUAUUUAUGUGAGAGUCAAGAAAAAGAAAGAAAAAGGUAUAGGUGAAGGCUUUAUUAAUUGAGUUCUUGUUCUGGCAUAGAUUGGCAUAAUGCUGAAUGGCGCGUCUUGACAACAAAGUUAUUAUUGUAUACUGCUCUUGUUUGUUUUCAGUUUCAUUGAUAAAUUUUUAUUUUGCCUAGUUAUUGCAACUCUGUAAUCAUUUGUAUAUCAUUAUAGAAGGAAAGAAUAAUACUUUUUUACACCA